GAUAGUGCCCUCGAUGGUUUGACACCUCUAUUGCCUUAAUUUUUAAUUAAAUUUUUGCUUCCACAUUUAUGAAAUGAUAUGCCGUCUGUGUCUCGAAGAUGCCCAGCACAGUGUCCCCAUCUUUGACGGCGUCGACAGCCCAAUGCAGCCAUCGCUGUCCAACCUGGCCGAAUUGAUAGAGAAACACCUGCAAUUGGUUCUGAUGCCCAACGAUGCUGUAUCCAAGUGCCUGUGCACCAAAUGCUGGCAGCAGCUGGCCGACUUUGAACAGUUCUGCGCCAUGGUGAUGAAGAAACAGCUGGGGCUGCCGCUGAAGCUGGAGCCUUUCUCGGAUGACGACGAGGACACCAAGGCACAGAUAUUGUGCGAGCCAGAGAUUGAUGUCAGCCCCUCGGCCGAUACAAACGAAUACAAUGAGAUCGACAUAGACACGAAACCACUGCCAAGCAGUGGCAGGACUACGACCAGGCGAAGGGUACGCCUUCCGUCGCCCAUACGCCGCAGCAUGCGUCCCCGGGCCGCCCAGAAGGCCAGACCAUUGAAAGCGAAACCGAAGCGUCACCUUGAGUCGGAGCUGGACAUCGCUGGGAGUAGCAACAGCGGCGAAAUGGAUAGCUACAUUGCGGCACACGGUCGCCUGGAAUGCUGUCAGUGCGGCGGCGAUUCCCAGUAUCACAACUUUGCCGAGCUCAAGCGACAUUAUCGGAAUGAGCAUCAGACGGCCGGAUAUGUGAUGUGCUGUCAGAGGCGCUACAAGAAGCGUGCUCUCUACGUGGACCAUCUGCGAAUGCACAACGAUCCGGAUUACUUUAGAUGUAAGAUUUGUGCGAAGCAGCUGGUCAGCAGAAUCAGCUACGACGUGCACAUGCUGCGGUUUCAUUCCAACGAGGACGAGCUGAGCUUCGCCUGCGACAAGUGUUCGAAGCGGUUUUCAAAGCAAUUCCUGCUGACCAUCCACGCCCGUGUCCACCAACAGGAGCGCACCGAAAAGUGCAAGCACUGCGACAGAUCAUUCCGCACUGCUGUCGAUUUGCGCCUGCACAUGCGUCGCACUCACGAUCCCACCUUUGUGCCCUUCAUCUGCGACUCCUGCGGCUCCAAGUUCAAGACGAAGCAAAAUCUCUUGGUACACAAGCGCACCGUGCAUCGGGAGGGCUCACAGCUGCCGGAGGUGCAGUGUCAGGAAUGCCAGACCUGGCUGAGCGACGAGAACAGCCUGCGCAAGCACAUGUACAUGCAUCGCGAUGCGGCGUCCACGCGCGAAUGGAAGUGUGGACAGUGCGGCCUAGUGAAGGACUCGCGCGCAAAGCUUGCUGCCCACAUUCGGUAUCAUCAUCCGAAGGAGUAUCACAAGUGCACACACUGCGGGAAGGAGUUCAAGAGCAGUCGUGGCCUCGAGGAGCACACGGCCACACACACCGGCCAGGACCUGUACGAGUGUGCCUUCUGUGAGCGCACCUUCAAGAAUUCGGGCAACAUGCACAAGCACCGCCGGCAGAUGCAUGCCGCCCAGGUUGCCGCACUGCAGCAGCAGAAAAAGGUACGUCCGAGCAAGCGGAAGGAGAAGGGCUCCCUGCUGCUCUUGGAUGAGGGGGAUAACGAAAUAAACGACUGAUCGAUUCCAAAAUAAACUUUACUUUC